AUGUCCCUGUAUCAGUGCAGAGUAUGUCCCUGUAUCAGUGCUGAGUAUGUUCCUGUAUCAGUGCUGAGUACAUUCUAUAUCAGUGCAGAGUAUGUUCCUGUAUCAGUGCAGAGUAUGUCCCUGUAUCAGUGCUGAGUAUGUCCCUGUAUCAGUGCUGAGUAUAUCCCUGUAUCAGUGCUGAGUACAUUCUAUAUCAGUGCAGAGUAUGUUCCUGUAUCAGUGCUGAGUAUGUCCCUGUAUCAGUGCUGAGUACAUUCUAUUUCAGUGCUGAGUAUGUUCCUGUAUCAGUGCUGAGUACAUUCUAUAUCAGUGCUGAGUAUGUUCCUGUAUCAGUGCUGAGUAUGUUCCUGUAUCAGUGCUGAGUAUGUUCCUGUAUCAAUGCUGAGUAUGUUCCUGUAUCAGUGCUGAGUAUGUCCCUGUAUCAGUGCUGAGUAUAUCCCUGUAUCAGUGCUGAGUACAUUCUAUUUCAGUGCUGAGUAUGUUCCUGUAUCAGUGCUGAGUACAUUCUAUAUCAGUGCUGAGUAUGUUCCUGUAUCAGUGCUGAGUAUGUUCCUGUAUCAGUGCUGAGUAUAUCCCUGUAUCAGUGCUGAGUAUGUUCCUGUAUCAGUGCUGAGUAUGUUCCUGUAUCAAUGCUGAGUAUGUUCCUGUAUCAGUGCUGAGUAUGUUCCUGUAUCAGUGCUGAGUAUGUCCCUGUAUCAAUGCUGAGUAUGUUCCUGUAUCAGUGCUGAGUAUAUCCCUGUAUCAGUGCUGAGUAUAUCCCUGUAUCAGUGCUGAGUACAUUCUAUAUCAGUGCAGAGUAUGUUCCUGUAUCAGUGCUGAGUAUGUUCCUGUAUCAGUGCUGAGUAUAUCCCUGUAUCAUUGCUGAGUAUGUUCCUGUAUCAGUGCUGAGUAUGUCCCUGUAUCAGUGCUGAGUAUGUCCCUGUAUCAGUGCUGAGUAUGUUCCUGUAUCAGUGCUGAGUAUAUCCCUGUAUCAGUGCUGAGUAUGUUCCUGUAUCAGUGCUGAGUAUAUCCCUGUAUCAGUGCUGAGUAUGUUCCUGUAUCAGUGCUGAGUAUGUUCCUGUAUCAGUGCUGAGUAUAUCCCUGUAUCAGUGCUGAGUAUGUUCCUGUAUCAGUGCUGAGUAUGUUCCUGUAUCAGUGCUGAGUAUAUCCCUGUAUCAGUGCUGAGUAUGUCCCUGUAUCAGUGCUGAGUAUGUCCCUGUAUCAGUGCUGAGUAUAUCCCUGUAUCAGUGCUGAGUAUGUCCCUGUAUCAGUGCUUAAUGCAUGUUGUAUGUAAACUAUCACUAUGCUCAGUUACAGUGUAUCUGCCUGGUGCUCUCAGCGCCCUCUAGCGGUGAUUUGAAGCUGUUACAGUGACACAGUGUCCGACAGGUUUGUUGGGAUCAGAUUAUAAAGUUACCUGUUCAGGUUUUGUAGGAAUAUUAUUUUAAUAUGAAGAUAUCAUUUUGAUGUUUUUUCAUCCACCUUGUGUUAGUAUUAUCCUGAUCCUGUCCUGGCACCAUGCUCUCACUGCCAGGUUACUGAUUAACCUGCUGUCUGCCCUUUGUACCCCUGCCAGGCUCCUCCCUAUACCUGGAGGGGCAGAGGGAGGGGAGGAGACACAGACAGGGAGAGAGCUGUCUGUAUGGGAGGACACUGAGAGCUGAACCUACCUGGCAUGUGACCCCACCUGGCACACAGCAAGGGUGCAGGGGAAGGUGAGUGUGCCCUGAGCUAGGAAGGGGGGCAUGGCAUGGGGGGCAUUGUAUGAGCUGGCAUGGGGGGCAUGGCAUGUGCUGGCAUGGGGGCAUUGUAAGAGCUGUCAGAGGGGGCAUGGCGUGUGCUGGCAUGGGGACAGGGUAUAAGCUGGCAUGGGGACAUGGUAUGAGCUGGCACAGGGGGCAUGGGAUAAGCUGGCAUGGGGGACCUGUUAUAAGCUGGCAUGGGGGCAUGGCAUGGGCUGGCACUGUGCCCCUUGUGCCCUGUUCCUAUCUGUAUGGAUGUGCUGUACCCAGUGACUGCCAUUGGCACUGUGCCCCCUGUGCCUUGCUCCUAUCUGUAUGGAUGUGCAGUACCCAGUGACUGCCAUUGGCACCAUGCCCCCUGAGCUCUGCUCCUAGCUGUAUGGAUGUGCUGUACCCAGUGACUGAUAUUGGCACCUUGCCAUCUGUGCCCUACCCCUAUCUGUAGGGAUGUGCUGUACCCAGUGACUGCCAUUGGCACCAUGCCCCCUGAGCACUGCUCCUAGCUGUAUGGAUGUGCUGUACCCAGUGACUGCCAUUGGCACCAUGCCCCCUGUGCCCUGCUCCUAUCUGUAUGGAUGUGCUGUAUCCAGUGACUGCCAUUGGCACCAUGCCCCCUGAGCCCUGCUCCUAGUUGUAUGGAUGUGCUGUAUCCAGUGACUGCCAUUGGCACCAUGCCCCCUGUGCCUUGCUCCUAUCUGUAUGGAUGUGCUGUACCCAGUGACUGCCAUUGACACCAUGCCCCCUAAGCUCUGCUUCUAGCUGUAUGGAUGUGCUGUACCCAGUGACUGCCAUUGGCACCAUUCCCCCUAAGCUCUGCUUCUAGCUGUAUGGAUGUGCUGUACCCAGUGACUGCCAUUGGCACCAUGCCCCCUGAGCUCUGAUCCUAGCUGUAUGGAUGUGCUGUACCCAGUGACUGCCAUUGUCACUGUGCCCCCUGUGCCUUGCUCCUAGCUGGAUGGAUGUGCUGUACCCAGUGACUGCCAUUGGCACCAUGCCCCCUAAGCUCUGCUCCUAGCUGUAUGGAUGUGCUGUACCCAGUGACUGCCAUUGGCACCAUGCCCCCUGAGCUCUGCUCCUAACUGUAUGGAUGUGCUGUACCCAGCAACCCCCAUUGGCACUGUGCCCCCUGUGCCUUGCUCCUAGCUGUAUGGAUGUGCUGUACCCAGUGACUGCCAUUGGCACCAUGCCCCCUGAGCCCUGCUCCUAGCUGUACGGAUGUGCUGCACCCAGUGACUGCCAUUGGCACUGUGCCCCCUGAGCCCUGCUCCUAGCUGUAUGGAUGUGCUGUACCCAGUGAAUGCUGUCUGUAUAAUGCCCUCUGAGUACGUAUAGUUAAGCAUGUAAUAUGGUCAUUACAACCACAAUUAGCUGGCGAGACAUUACAUUAAACCUGUUCCUGUUAGUUCCUAAUUUUUGAGUACUUGGUUCAUAAAUACCAUUUAGUACAUAGCUCCCUGUGUGAGUCAAGGAGACAGGUGUCGUGUUCGUAUUUGAUGUGAUAACAGCAACACGAGAAAAGCUCCUCCCAGGAAAAAGUACCUGGCAGUUCCUCUCAUUACAGCAUGAAAUACUCAUCGUAUAUUUAAUGUGCGCAAAUUGAAUAUGUGGCAAAAUUGGCACUUUUUAGAAAACCAGAUGUCCCGCUUUCACAAAUAUUCGGUGGUCAUUUUGGCAGAAAAAGUGAAUAUUGCGCAAAAAAAAUGACUAUUUCCACAAUCUCAAUUUGUGUUAAAAUUGCGGUUAUUUUUAUUUGUAUAUAUUUUUUUAUGAUUUUGCGUGUUUCAUUGGUGCAUUUUCAAGGCUGCAGUAUGAAAUUGGGAUUUGUUUGAAUUUAUCUGUAAAAAAUAAUUCAGCUCAUGAAGCCACGAUUUUUGUUAUUUGUGUUUUAGAUAAAUAGAUGUGAAUGUUCUGCUUGUUAGAAAGGCACACACAGACAUUUUAUUCUAAUGAGCUCCGUUUUCCCACGAUCCUCUGGUUCAGUGACUCACUCUUUUAUGAUAUUUGACGUGGUUAUUAUUUACCCCAUUUCCUCAUACUGCCGCUCAAAACAUCCGAGGACAAUAACCGCCUUUUAAAAAGUGUCUCGUGGGACCUUAGAGGAUCAUGGGAAAUAGUGCAUUAGUUUAUAUGGUAUCGUCAACUAUGAUAAUGCUUGAUGGGACGUAUCCACUAAACAAGGAGGAUGAACAAAGAAAUUUAGACUUUUAGGCCAAAGUUCUAGCUGAAUGGAAAAAUGCUCCGGCUGACCUUAGAUUUGAAAUAAUGAUACGUAGAGGACGCGGCUUAAAAGUGUUGAGUUCUAAAAAUGUGUUUCUCCCAUUCCUAAAUGACCUCUUGCUUUGCAGAAAAUGACACCGUGCCUUUAAGGAAUGUUUGAGAAUAAGAUUUUUGCAGAUAUUAAUACAUUUAACUUUUUCUGAAUUUUACCUUAUAGUGACCUUGCCAUGAGGCUCAUCGUGUGUCUCACACUUUUCAUCUCCCCUCUCGUGGCUAACCCCUGCACGGUGUACCCUCAGGUAGGAACAAUUGGUGUUAAAGAAUAAGAGAAUGGCCCUGCGGUGCUGGGAGCUGCAGUAAACGUUUACCAUAACUAAACAAACAGAGUGACUUUUACAGAAAUAUGCUAGCUACAGGGCCUCCACACCUCGCUUUCCAGUCCGCCUAACAAGUUUUCUCACAAGUCGUUCAACCUGUUUUGCAUUACUAUUGUACUGCGCUGCAGAAUAUGUUGCUGCUGACCAAUAAUAAUAGUACUCCAGCAGGAAGUAAAGAGAAGUACGGAACGUGAAAUAGGAAGUAAAGGGAAGUACAGAACAUACCGCAGGAAGUAUAGGGAAUUACAGAACAUGCAGUAGAAAGUAAUGGGAAGUAUGGAACGUGCAGUGGGAAGUAAAGGGAAGUACAGAACGUGUAGUGGGAAGUAAAGGGAAGUACAGAACAUACAGCAGGAAGUAAAGGGAAGUACAAAACUUGCAGAAGAAAGUAAAGGGAAGUACAGAACAUACAGCAGGAAGUAAAGGGAAGUACAGAACAUACAGCAGGAAGUAAAUGGAAGUACAGAACGUGUAGCAGGAAGUAAAGGGAAGUAUAGAAUGUGCAGUCGGAAGUAAUGGGAAGUACAUAACGUGUAGCAGGAAGUAGAGGGAAGUAUGGAACAUGCAGCAGGAGGUAAAAGGAAGUACAGAACGCACAGCAGGAAGUAAAGGAAAGUAUAGAAUGUGUAGCCGGAAGUAAAGGGAAGUACAGAACGUGCAGCAGGAAGUAAAGGGAAGUAUAGAACGUGUAGCAGGAAGUAAAGGGAAGUAUGGAACAUGCAGCAGAAAGUAAAGGGAACCACGGGAAAUACAGAAACAAUCUUCCGCUAGAAUCCAUUUCUCCACUUCCAAUUCUUCCGCAUUUCCAUCUUGGCUUUUUUCUUUCGAUUUUUGUAACCUGGUGUUUGAUAAACCGUAAUUUAAUGUUUAGAGAAUAAACCUCAAUAAUGUUUCAAUCUCAAUAGAUUUAAUCGAAUUGAUGUUUAAUGUAAUUAUAAUAAACAUUUAUGUACAUUUAAACAUUGAAGUGGUUAUAGUGUCUGUAGUCCCCUGGCGCUGUCCCACCAUUCAGUGUUAAACCAUUCCAUCUCAUUGAAGUGGUUAUAGUGUCUGUAGUCCCCUGGCGCUGUCCCUCCAUUCAGUGUUAAACCAUUCCAUCUCAUUGAAGUGGUUAUAGUGCCUGGAGUCCCUUGGCACUGUCCCUCCAUUUAAUGUUAAACCAUUCCAUCUCAUUGAAGUGAUUAUAGUGCCUUGAGUCCCCUGGCACUGUCCCACCAUUCAGUGUUAAACCAUUCCAUCUCAUUGAAGUGAUUAUAGUGCCUGGAGUCCCCUGGCACUGUCCCUCCAUUCAGUAUUAAACCAUUCCAUCUCAUUGAAGUGGUUAUAGUGCCUGGAGUCCCCUGACGCUGUCCCUCCAUUCAGUGUUAAACCAUUCCAUCUCAUUGAAGUGGUUAUAGUGUCUGUAGUCCCCUGGCACCGUCCCUCCAUUCAGUGUUAAACCAUUCCAUCUCAUUGAAGUGGUUAUAGUGUCUGGAGUCCCCUGGCACUGUCCCUCCAUUCAGUGUUAAACCAUUCCAUCUCAUUGAAGUGGUUAUAGUGCCUGGAGUCCCCUGGCGCUGUCCCUCCAUUCAGUGUUAAACCAUUCCAUCUCAUUGAAGUGGUUAUAGUGCCUGGAGUCCCCUGGCGCUGUCCCUCCAUUCAGUGUUAAACCAUUCCAUCUCAUUGAAGUGGUUAUAGUGCCUGGAGUCCCCUGGCCCUGUCCCUCCAUUCAGUAUUAAACCAUUCCAUCUCAUUUAAGUAGUUAAGGUGCCUGAAGUCCCCUGGCGCUGUCCCUCCAUUCAAUGUUAAACCAUUUCAUCUCAUUGAAGUGGUUAAAGUACCUGGAGUCCCCUGGCACUGUCCCUCCAUUCAGUGUUAAACCAUUCAAUCUCAUUGAAGUGGUUAAAGUGUCUGAAGUCACUUGGCUGAGUCCUAUCAGUGCUGAGUACAUUCUAUAUCAGUGCUGAGUAUGUCCCUGUAUCAGUGCUGAGUAUGUUCCUGUAUCAGUGCUGAGCACAUUCUAUAUCAGUGCUGAGUAUGUCCCUGUAUCAGUGCUGAGUACAUUCUAUAUCAGUGCUGAGUAUGUCCCUGUAUCAGUGCUGAGUACAUUCUAUAUCAGUGCUGAGUAUGUCCCUGUAUCAGUGCUGAGCACAUUCUAUAUCAGUGCUGAGUAUGUCCCUGUAUCAGUGCUGAGCACAUUCUAUAUCAGUGCUGAGCACAUUCUAUAUCAGUGCUGAGUAUGUCCCUGUAUCAGUGCUGAGCACAUUCUAUAUCAGUGCUGAGUAUGUCCCUGUAUCAGUGCUGAGUAUGUUCCUGUAUCAGUGCUGAGUAUGUCCCUGUAUCUGUGCUGAGUAUGUUCCUGUAUCAGUGCUGAGUACAUUAUAUAUCAGUGGUGAGUAUGUUCCUGUAUCAGUGGUGAGUAUGUUCCUGUAUCAGUGCUGAGUAUGUCCCUGUAUCAGUGCUGAGUAUGUCCCUGUAUCAGUGCUGAGUAUGUUCCUGUAUCAGUGCUGAGUACAACAUCGUCAUCUUCCGGCUCCGGUAUCAGUGCGGUGCGCGAGGGAGCUGAAGAGGAAGCAAAACUUGCAGAAGAAAGUAAAGGGAAGUACAGAACAUACAGCAGGAAGUAAAGGGAAGUACAGAACAGCAGGAAGUAAAGGGAAGUACAGAACGUGUAGCAGGAAGUAGAGGGAAGUAUGGAACAUGCAGCAGGAGGUAAAAGGAAGUACAGAACGCACAGCAGGAAGUAAAGGGAAGUAUAGAAUGUGUAGCCGCCUGCCUGACCGGCCACCCGCCUGCCGGGUAUCAGCAGGGCCAGCCUCGGGGGGCCCUGGGGUGGUCAGCUCCUGGGCCCCCAGGGGAAGAGGCCACCCCUGCGACCCUGGUAUGUACGCCACUGCCCUGACUCUUACAGUGGAUGACCCAAUGUGCCAUGAUCUACCUGAAUAAUAGCCCUCUAUUCUACUCUACUUUAUUUUACUGCAUUUUACUUUACUUUAUCUGAAUAAUAGCCCUAGCUAAGAUACUUGCUGUAUAAAAAGGUCUGUACACUUGCCUGCUUAUCAUAUAAUUGCACUAAUUACACACCCAGCUACAGACCCCAAGCAACUUAUUAGCUGGUUAGGAUGAUGUACUAUUCAGCAUGCUAUUAACCUAAGUCAGACAUAUUAAUUAACUUCUUGUAAUCAUAACCCAUGCUAAUGUAACUCGUAUUUACUAACAUUCUGAUCUAAGCAACAUUACUUUAACAUUUCAAAACGUGCCGAUAAUCUCAAUGCUCCAACAGUUAUGCCUGAAAAUUAUGGGACACCACGAGCUUGUAUGUUCUUUACUCAAAGCACGAUAAAAAUAAAGAAUUAAAAAUAAAUAAAUAAAUUAUGUCAAAAUACAUGAAUCUGGGAAAUAAAUCUCUUGCAGAUCUUUUUGAGCUUGGAUAAUUGGAGUUAAAUUUCCAGGUCAGUGGUCUGGUAAACCCUGGAUACCCUUCAGUGAGCUGGUUAAAUAUCACAUAGGGUUGGAUUACUGGGUAACUAGCUGAUUUGUUUGGUGUGUUUUUUUCAGGGUAGAGCAGACUGCCGUCAUCGAGGUCUCCAGGACAUCCCGAGUUCCCUCCCUCAAAAUACACAGCACCUGGACCUGUCUAAUAAUUUCAUACACUUCACCAAGCCACUGGAGGAAAACUUUCCAGAACUCCGUCUACUCAACCUCUCUCAUAACCCGCUGAAAAGUCUUCCAAAUAAUUCCUUUCAGAACCUGCCCAAACUCCAAACGCUGGACCUCAGUGACUGCGGUAUCUCCACCCUGCACCUCAACAUACUGAGCGGCCUGGACAGCCUCGAAACAUUGAUCUUAAGUCACAACAAUCUGAGUCGGAUCUCGUUGGGAAACCUCAAAUCCUUGCGGUCUCUUGACAUAAGGAAAACCUCACUGAUAUUUCAUCCAUCACAUCCAAAGAUAUGGGACCUCGAACAGCUCUCAGUAAAUAAUGGUCUCUGUGAGUGCCCUUCAGAAGAACCUAAACGAGAAGGUAAGAGUGAGAUUAAAAGAUGUCUUGAGGAGAGAAUGUGAAUACUGUUAGAGAAAUGGUGAGAGCAAAACUGGUUCUUAUUCUGUAAAGUCUAAAUGCAACAUAUCAGAGAUUAGUUUGAGACAACCCGGGGGCAUUUAUAGGCAAACUUCCCGCAAUCAAUCUCAACAAUAAUCAGUCUCUGAAUUUACAGAGACAACAUCUAAAUGGACAUGAAUUUACACCGGAUUUAUCCUGUCUGCAUGAAUGUGAAUGCUGCGAAUUGAAUGCCAUAAUUUGGUUCCAAAUUUGCACAGUCAGCUCCAGAUUUGAUCAGAGAGAUUGUAUGGUUAAUGAGAGACUGACAGCUCCUUGUUCCUAUUGCAGUAUUUACUGGUUAAAUAAUGCAGUGAAGGUAGGUUAAAAACGUACCUCUAUUGCACUUCCUCUUGGCAGCAUGCCAACAUUUUGUUCGGCUGUGUUGUACGCGUGAUGGCACCAUGUAAGCGUUCAAUUAAAUAAGCUAGAAAUAAUUCGGUAAUCAUUUUAGCCCAACCCAUAGCUCACUUUUAGUGAAUUAUUAAGAUGUGCUAAAACCGAGGAAGGGACAGUUGCUUGAAAAUGAUUGGCUAUAAUUAUCACAUCUGAAGUUCUCAGCCAAUCAGAGGGCAUCGGAAUAGAAUGGUGGUGUAAGGGGUUAAUAUUAUAAGGCAGCAGACCUGCUGUACCAUUAACCCCCACAUUGCUGCCUGUGGUGUGAAGGAUUACGAUCGUUUGGGUCUCUCCUGGCUGCAUUUGCUAAUUUCAUUGAUCUAUUCCUUUUUUAUUUGAUGCCUAGUUGCUGUAGCAUGUAAAAAUCAGGUUAAUGUAUUUUGCGAGGAUGCCUUCUGGAACGGAUCAGAGUGACUCCAAUCAUUUUAUGGAGAUAAAUUAGUCAAUUCUGUACUUUAUGUGCGACCCUGCCGGAUCGCACGUGGGCCACUGCGUAUGUUCUCCUGCCAGAUCGCACGUGGGCCACUGCGUAUGUUCCCCCUACCGGAUGGCGCGUGGGCCACUGCGUAUGUUCCCCCUACCGGAUGGCGCGUGGGCCACUGCGUAUGUUCCCCCUGCCGGAUGGCACGUGGGCCACUGCGUAUGUUCCCCCUGCCGGAUGGCGCGUGGGCCACUGCGUAUGUUCCCCCUACCGGAUGGCACGUGGGCCACUGCGUAUGUUCCCCCUACCGGAUGGCACGUGGGCCACUGCGUAUGUUCCCCCUACCGGAUGGCGCGUGGGCCACUGCGUAUGUUCCCCCUACCGGAUGGCGCGUGGGCCACUGCGUAUGUUCCCCCUGCCGGAUGGCACGUGGGCCACUGCGUAUGUUCCCCCUGCCGGAUGGCGCGUGGGCCACUGCGUAUGUUCCCCCUACCGGAUGGCACGUGGGCCACUGCGUAUGUUCCCCCUGCCGGAUGGCGCGUGGCCACUGCAUAUGUUCUCCCUGCCGGAUGGCGCGUGGGCCACUGCGUAUGUUCCCCCUACCGGAUGGCAUGUGGGCCACUGCGUAUGUUCCCCCUACCGGAUGGCACGUGGGCCACUGCGUAUGUUCCCCCUACCGGAUGGCACGUGGGCCACUGCGUAUGUUCCCCCUGCCGGAUGGCGCGUGGGCCACUGCGUAUGUUCCCCCUACCGGAUGGCACGUGGGCCACUGCGUAUGUUUCCCCUGCCGGAUGGCGUGUGGGCCACUGCGUAUGUUCCCCCUACCGGAUGGCACGUGGGCCACUGCGUAUGUUCCCCCUACCGGAUGGCACGUGGGCCACUGCGUAUGUUCCCCCUACCGGAUGGCACGUGGGCCACUGCGUAUGUUCCCCCUACCAGAUGGCACGUGGGCCACUGCGUAUGUUCCCCCUGCCGGAUGGCGCGUUGGGAAUGGCGUAUGUUCCCCUACUGGAUCAGAGUCCGCCAGACGUCAGCUUAUUAUUAACACCUCGCCCAACACACAUGGAUGGGGAGUAGUGGGAUUCUUAAUAUGCCCCGUGCUAGAUAGCAAAUCCACUCAAUAUCUGCUAAUUAUUAACCCCACAACACAUUUUACAUAGAUUUGGUUAAGCUCCAGUUUGGAGCUUUUUCAGAUCAAUUUAAGGUGACCUAACGUGUUGUUAUUUGAUUAUUAAUGUGAAAUGUCUAAUGAGAAAUAAUAAACAAAAAUGUAUUUACCAGACGUUUAAUGUGUGGGGCAAUAGAAACAAACAGAAACCGUGAGAAAUAGAAACAGCAAAAUGGUGAGAAAGGAAAAGGCUUGUCAAUGCUCCGCAAUACCCAGUUAGCUGGUUAGUGAACAUUCUAUUAAUACAUUGCUGAAAGCGACCGGUCACAUACAGACCGGAAUGGCGCUGGAUUUGGGGAAUUUCCAGAGAUUGUAUCAUUUGGGCCCCACAUGUCGGCUGCUGUCUCAUCGUUUAGUUAAUAAACUGUUUCCAAAUUGUGGUUUUUAAGAUAAUUUUCAGAUUUUUUGGGACAAUAACUUGGUCAGAGGAGAAAGUGUAAACCUGUCUGUUUGUCUCCCAGCAGUGUCCGGAUUGUUCUGUUCCUGCCGUCUGCGGAUUGAAGAGUCUCAGGAGCACCGUCUGUCUGCGCGCUUUGUGCGGGAUGUUAUAGAAAACAUCACCAAUGAUACCUCAUCUAAUCUCAGUAAGCAAUGUUAUGGGGAAUGUAAGACGUUACAUGGUAUGGGCUGUGCAGAGCGAGGCUGAGCAUGUUGUAUGGGCUGUGCAGAGCAUGUUGUAUGGGCGCUGCAGUGCGUGACAGAGAAUGUUGUAUGGGCUGUGCAGAGCGAGGCUGAGCAUGUUGUAUGGGUCAUGCAAAGCAUGUUGUAUGGGCUCUGCAAUGCGUGACAGAGAAUGUUGUAUGGGCUGUGCAGUGCGAGGCUGAGCAUGUUGUGUGGGCUGUGCAGAGCAUGUUGUAUGGGCUGUGCAGAGCAUGUUGUAUGGGCUCUGCAGUGUGUGACAGAGAAUAUUGUAUGGGCUUAGCAUGUUGUAUGGGCUGUGCAAUGUGUGGCAGAGCAUGUUGUAUGGGCUGUGCAGAGUGAGGCAGAGCAUGUUGUAUGGGUCAUGCAGAGCAUGUUGUAUGGGCUGUGCAGUGUGUGACAGAGCAUGUUGUAUGGGCCGUGCAGAGUGAGGCAGAGCAUGUUGUAUGGGUCAUGCAGAGCAUGUUGUAUGGGCUGUGCAGUGCGUGACAGAGCAUGUUGUAUGGGCCGUGCAGAGUGAGGCAGAGCAUGUUGUAUGGGCUGUGCAGAGCAUGUUGUAUGGGCUCUGCAGUGUGUGACAGAGAAUAUUGUAUGGGCUUGGCAGAGCAUGUUGUAUGGGCUGUGCAAUGUGUGGCAGAGCAUGUUGUAUGGGCUGUGCAGAGUGAGGCAGAGCAUGUUGUAUGGGUCAUGCAGAGCAUGUUGUAUGGGCUGUGCAGUGUGUGACAGAGCAUGUUGUAUGGGCCGUGCAGAGUGAGGCAGAGCAUGUUGUAUGGGUCAUGCAGAGCAUGUUGUAUGGGCUCUGCAAUGCGUGACAGAGAAUGUUGUAUGGGCUGUGCAGUGCGAGGCUGAGCAUGUUGUAUGGGCUGUGCAGAGCAUGUUGUAUGGGCUGUGCAGAGCAUGUUGUAUGGGCUCUGCAGUGUGUGACAGAGAAUAUUGUAUGGGCUUAGCAUGUUGUAUGGGCUGUGCAAUGUGUGGCAGAGCAUGUUGUAUGGGUCAUGCAGAGCAUGUUGUAUGGGCUGUGCAGUGUGUGACAGAGCAUGUUGUAUGGGCCGUGCAGAGUGAGGCAGAGCAUGUUGUAUGGGUCAUGCAGAGCAUGUUGUAUGGGCUGUGCAGUGUGUGACAGAGCAUGUUGUAUGGGCCAUGCAGAGCAUGUUGUGUGUGACAGAGCAUGUUGUAUGUGCUGUGCAGAGCAAGGCUGAGCAUGUUGUAUGGGCUGUGCAAUGUGUGGCAGAGCAUGUUGUAUGGGCUGUGCAGAGUGAGGCAGAGCAUGUUGUAUGGGUCAUGUAGAGCAUGUUGUAUGGGCUGUGCAGUGUGUGACAGAGCAUGUUGUAUGGGCCGUGCAGAGUGAGGCAGAGCAUGUUGUAUGGGUCAUGCAGAGCAUGUUGUAUGGGCUGUGCAGUGUGUGACAGAGAAUGUUGUAUGGGCUGUGCAGAGCGAGGCUGAGCAUGUUGUAUGGGCUGUGCAGAGCAUGUUCUAUGGGCGCUGCAGUGUGUGACAGAGAAUGUUGUAUGGGCUGUGCAGAGCGAGGCUGAGCAUGUUGUAUGGGCUGUGCAGAGCAUGUUGUAUGGGCGCUGCAGUGUGUGACAGAGAAUGUUGUAUGGGCUGUGCAGAGCGAGGCUGAGCAUGUUGUAUGGGCUGUGCAGAGCGAGGCUGAGCAUGUUGUAUGGGUCGUGCAGAGCAUGUUGUAUGGGCUGUGCAGUGUGUGACAGAGCAUGUUGUAUGGGCUGUGCAGUGUGUGGCAGAGCAUGUUGUAUGGGCUGUGCAGAGCAUGUUGUAUGGGCUGUGCAGUGUGUGGCAGAGCAUGUUGUAUGGGCUCUGCAGAGCAUGUUGUCUGGGCUCGGCAGAGCAUGUUGCUUAUAUAGUAAGCUUACCUGGAGAAGUGAUAAGAAUUAGAAACCAAGAAGAAAGGUACAGGGUGAGUGUGGCUGUAGUGUUCUCCAUUUUAGUUAGUUUAACGUAUCACCAUAUCAUGUUGCAGGACAAACUAAACGAGUGCUGAGUAUGGGGUGCAGGUGUAGAUACUACGUCCCCAUAGUCAGUGGCUGGAAUGAGCCGCUAUUUCACUAGCCAUUUCUUGACACGGGAUUUGCCAGGUUACAGUUUAUCAAUUUGAGUGAGAUGUCCUGGUCUCUCUGCAUUCCACACGUUUAUAGGAAUUUACCGAAUUAUAGUUUGACGAUGUUUGAGAUAUUAUUUAUAAUUUAUGCUUUAUUGCAAACACUUGUGUGACAGUAAAUAGAACCGUUUGUUUUACCCAGAGCAAUCCUGCUCACAGACCCACGCCGUGGUAUGUCACGUUUUUCAGUGUAAACAAUGGUGCCGUCUACAAACAGUCUUUCAGGCCAAAGGAAGAUCAUUUAUAAAUCUGCAAAAACAGAACACGCCCAAGACUGGAACUUGCGGAACGCCACGUGUCACACUGAGUGGGCUCCAAACAUUGUCUUCAAUACAUACAUACACACACACACACACACACACAUACAUACAUACAUACAUACAUAUACAUACAUACAUACAUACAUACCGACUUGUGAUAAAUAGCAACAGAGCCAGUUUAGGUCUGAGGCUUUCCGUUUAUUUAAUCAGAUGUUAUGGUCAGCAGUACAAAGUUUAGAAAAAUAUCUCCUGUAAAUUCACCGUAUUCCAUGCCACCCAGCCUAUCACUGCAACCGAUGGGCGGAUAUGAUGGUUUGGGAAGAAGCCAGAUUGAAGUGGGGUCAGAAAGUUUGGCACAUGGUAAAACCUGCAUAGCGGCAUAGACAAUCUUUGCUUUAUUUCAUGCAUUAUGUAACACAACCCAAGACACUCUGAAUGUAAAGGUGGUUGUGUAGGGUUUCUGCUCUCGCCUCACUGCUCCUUCAAACCUCUACCCACCCCCCUCCCUCUCUUUCUCAUCAUUUGAAAUCCAUUAGAUUUGCCUUUUCAAACCCUUCCCUGCUAAAAUUGCCAUCACCCCCCCCGGUUCCCCACUCCUACUCCUCGACCACUUUGCUGCCUGGCUACCCUACUACUCUACCUCCUCUCCUCUAACAUACCAUCCUUCAUUCUCGGAAACUUCAAUAUUCCCAUUAACCCACCCCUCUAAACUACUUUCAAUUACUUCCUCCCUUGGGCUAUUGCAGUGGGCUAAUUCUCCCACCCGUGUAGCUGGCAAUACCUCAUUUUCUCUUAUGCAUGUACAGAGUCUAAUAUCUCCAACACUCCAUUUCCUCUCUCUGAUCAACACCUCUUAUCAUUUGCUCUCGAGUACCCCCUCAGCCAACAACCUCAGCCUAACCCCCCUGAACUCGGGAGGAACCUUAAUUCUAUUGACCGCCAGCAGUUGUCAGCUGAUAUUGAUUCACAACUCCUAUCCAUCUCCUCCCUCUCCUGUCCCUCACUGGCCAUUGCAACAUAUAACACUACCCUCACCUCUGCCUUGAACGCUGCAGCCCCGCUCCAAACAUGCACUUUAAGGAGGACACGUCCCCAACCGUGGCAUACUAAAUCAACAAGCUAACUGCAAAGAUGCUCCCGUUGUGCUGAACGCUCCUGGAGGAAGUCUCGCACCCAGCCAGACUUUCUCCAUUAUAGAUUUAUAUUGUGUUCAUACAGUGCAGCCCUUGCCCUCGCCAAACAGUCCUACUUUUCCUCUCUCAUUAGUUCAUGCUCCCACAAUCCCAGGUGUCUCUUUGACACCUUUAACUCUCUUCUUUUCCCUGCUGUGGCCACCCCUCAAACUAACCUUACUGCCGAUAGCUUUGCAUGUUACUUUACCAACAAGAUUGAACAGCUAAGGAAAGAAUUCUCCCCACCCUGCCGUUCUCUUUCUCAACCACACGUAGAUCAUGCUUUUCCUACCCUUCAGACUUUCUCCCCGGCUGCUAAACAAGACGUGGCUGUGCUUCUCCUUUCUUCUCGUCUCACCACUUGCCCACUCGAUCCUGUCCCAUCUCACCUUAUCAGAGCUCUCUACCCUUGUCUUGUGCAUUGUUUAACACACAUCUUCAACUGCUCUCUCUCUUCUGGCAUUGUCCCUUCUGACCUUAAACAUGCCACUGUAGUACCUGUCCUGAAAAAAAACAUCUCUUGACCCUUCCCUCCCCCCAACUAUCGUCCCAUAUCAAUUCACCCUUUUUCCUCAAAGCUUCUGGAAAGACUCGUCUUUACCCGUAUGUCUCACUUCCUCAGUUCAAACUCUCUCCUUGACCCUCCACUCUACUGAGACUGCUCCUAUCAAAGUUACUGAUGACCUAAUCACAGCUAAAUCCAAAGGCCACUACUCAAUACUAAUUCUUCUUGACCUCUCUGCUGCCUUUGACACCAUUGAUCAUGAUCUCCUUCUUCAAACUCUUCAAUCACUCGGUUUCUGUGACUCUGUCCUCUCGUGGUUUUCCUCUUAUCUCUCCCAACACUCAUUCAGUGUCUCAUUUUCUAAUGAUACAUCCUCCCCUUGUCCUUACUUGUUUGGAGUACCCCAAGGAGCUGUUCUUGGUUCCCUUCUGUUCUCUCUUUAUACUGCCUCUCUUGGUAAACUUAUUACCACUUUUGGAUUCCAUUACCACCUGUACGCUGAUGACACCCAGAUAUAUUUCUCCUCCCCGGACCUCUCCCCUGCAGUGACUUGAUGUCCUCCUGCUUUCUGAAACUCAGUCUCUCUAAAAAUGAGCUCCUUGUCUUUCCUCCUCCUAACACUGAUCCUCCUCUUGCACUCUCCCUUCAAGUUAUUCGUAGCCACAUCAGGCCAUACUUGCAAGCAAUCUGUCUUGGUGUCAUACUUGAUUCUGGCUUCACCUUUGAGCCUCACAUCCAGCAUGUUACCAAAUCCUGUAGAUUCCAUCUUAAAAACAUAGACCACAUCUGCCCCUUUCUUACACAAGAUGCUACUAAGGAGCUUGUCCAAGCUCUAGUAAUUUCCCACAUGGAUUAUUGUAACCCUCUCCUAAUUGGUCUUCCCAAAACCGUAUUGCCCCUCUACAGUCUGUAAUGAAUGCUGCCGCCAGACUGAUUUUCCUCUCUAGUCGGUCCUCUCACACCUCAACCCCUCUGUCAGUCUUUACAUUGGCUUCCUGUAUCCUAUAGGAGUCAAUUCAAAGUGCUAAUCCAUACCUAUAAAGCACUGAACAAUUCAAGCCCCUCUUAUAUCUCUUCACAGAUCCAUAGGUAUGCCCCUACUCAGUCUCUCCGUUCUGCCUGUGACCUUCUCCUGACCGCUGCUUGCACCCGUACAGCCAACUCACGCUUGCAGGACUUCUCGCGGGCGGCCCCCUUCCUAUUGAGUAGCCUGCCUACCGCCAUCAGACUCUCCCCUAGUCUUCAAUUGUUUAAGAUGUGCUUUCAAACCCAUUAAUACAUUGACUGACCCAUCAGAUGUCUUACAACUGCAAUGAUAUUUUAAAGGAAUGAUUUAAUUAAGAUGUUAUGUGAUUUAACACAUGUACUUUGAGUAUUCAUUUUGUCAUCUCUCAUUUCAAAACAGCCUCGCCUUCACCUGUAACCCCUGUGUCCAAUGGCCGGAGCUGGCCUUACUUUGUUGGAUUUGUGCUCGUCGCAAUAUUCCUGUCCUGCAUCAUUGCUUUGGCUGCAAAAUUCAGUAUUCUCCGUAAAUACCUUCGCAGCUACCGUCACCGUCCACUGCCCGAGAACGAAUGGGUGAGUGAAACCCAGAGUGAAGUACCUGGCCUGCCACUUCCAUCCCAUGAAGAUGAAGACGGGUUUAUAGAGGAUAAUUAUAUUCAGCCAAGGGACCAUCCGGAGGAGGAAGAGGAGGAUGAAGGCAUGUAUAGACUCUGAUGGCCACAAAAGAUCAUUAUGGAGCUCAAUCUAUCAAGGCUUCCAGCUGGUUGCUUAUAGUGAUGCUAUAACAGCUUAAAAUCCGUGGACUCUUACUCUCCACGACAACUGGAAUCAUGUUUCUACAACUCAAGAUGUUAAGGAUCCAGGAUCGAAUAUAUGUGAACCUAUUGGAGAAGAAAUAGCACCUUCUUCUGUGUCCAGUCUUCAAGCUCCAUGACCUCCUUAAACUAAUGAAGGAUAUUCCACCAGACUGACUAAUACUUACCCCCUCUUUACCAGUGCUGUCCAGAAUUUUCUUUAUCAGCAAGAUUGUUUGCUGGAGCACCAGUGAUGUCUUAUUUAUAAAUCGAUAGGUUCAGGAAGUCAGAGGAUUGUAAAUUGGAUCUGUGAAGGGCCCGUUCCCAAAUUCAUCCUGCAUUGGACAGAAUGGUCUUGGGCUCCUCAGUUACAGACAUGGAUAGAGAUAAACAGUGCUACCACAGGUUGUGAUAACCAGUGAAUGAGUUCUGCUGGGUAAAGGAUCAAACUAGUGAAUUAAAUACACUCCAUGGCACAGAACAGGCAGUUGGUGAAACCAAAUUUCCUCAUUACGUCAGAUAUAAUCACACUCCGAUGGUUUGGUAGGGGGCACAGUCCAAGUAAGCAAGGUCACAUCGCCAUGACUGACCUCUUCCCUUACACAACCCCCACAAUAAACCAUGUUCCAACAGUACCAUGCUGUCCACUAAACCCAACAUCCCCUCCCCCUCCAUUACACUGGUCCUUGUUACAUAGGGAAGGACUAAGAUGGUACAGGGCCCUGGGCAGUUUACCUGUUUGAACCCCCCUUUAUUCAGCACAUAUGCAUGGUGGGCCAAACAAAUUCAUGGUUCCGGACCCCUCUCUAACCUCCAUGCCCUAGAAGAUCACCUAAGGUCGUCAUAUGGUUAAUCUUAUAUUCCCUUUUUGUUGUCCUCUCACUUCGAAUGAGAAGAGCUCGGAUCCAGAGCAGCCCAUACUGAUUCAUAAUGGGGGCAAGUAUCAAGACAAAUCACUGCUGGCCUGUAAAGAGUUAAUGAUAUAUAAAGGUAAACAAAGUAGCUAAACAUAAAUGUUUAAACACAUGCUUAAUCUGUGCUGUUAAUGUUUUAAUAAAAUUACGAAAGGGUUUGA